AUGAGUGAGCUCGAGGCGCCCUUAGAGCCCUUUGCAGCAACAGCAGCAGAAUACGGAGCUGCAGCAGCAGCAGCAGCAACGGCGGCAGCAGCAGCAGCUCCGGAAUCUCCCGCAGCCGCGGAUUCAGCUGCAGCAGCAGCUGAAGCAGCGGCAGAAGCUCCGCAAGCAGCAGCACAAUGCUGUCUAGACAGCGGCAGCAGCAGCAGCAUCUCCCGCUGCUGCGACAACAACGACAGCAGCAGCAGCAGCUGCGACGGCAACAGUAGCAGCAGUAGCAGCAGCAGCAGCAGUAACUGCUACAACAACGACCACAGCAGCAGCAGCUGCUGUGACAGCAACGAAAGCACCAGCAUUGGCAGCAGCAGCAGCAGCAGCAGCAACAGCAGCAGCAGCAGCAGGCCUGAGGUGCUGCGGCUUCGAGUUCGGGUGCCCCCAAAUGUUUUUAAUUUGACAGUUCAUUCAAAGGCAUCUCUGGAUGAACUGAUGCAAAGAGUUGCUGCCGUCGCGGACAUCGAUGUCGAAGCCAUCGACUCGAGUGAGCCAACAGCAGUAGCAGCAACAACAACAGCAGCAGCAGCAGCAUUAGCAGCAGCUGCAUCAGCAGCAGCAGCAGCAGCAGAUGUCCGCUGCGGCUUCCCCCCUCAGCCUCUCAAAGAAGAGGAAGGGGGGCCCCUGCAGAAAGUGAGCGAUGGAGAGGCCCUGCUGGUGAUGCUGCACGCUAACAAGGGCCGGCAAGCUGUCUCCUCUCGCCCAGUCCCUAAACGCCUGGCCCGCAGCAGCAGCAGCAGCAACAGCAGCAGCAGCAGCAGCAGCAGCACGAGAGCCCAGGGCCUGUCUUUUACUGUGGGCAGCAACAUUGUGACUCUCGGCACGCCAACAAAGCGGGACAGCAGCAGCAGCAGCAGCAGCCGCGCAGCGAUUGGCAGCAGCAGCGGCAGCAGCAGCAGCAGCAGCAGCAGCAAGAAGCGAAUCAGCACCAAGGGACCCCAUUUGGGGUCAACUGAAGAAGAGGUUGCGGGGAAUAUAGUCAAGCUUUUUACUGAGAGGGGCUCAUCUAAGGGCGAAAGGGCUGUACGCGCGGCGUUCAAGUUGGCUCUUAAUAGGAGAUAUGAUGAGUCAGCAGCUGAGCGCCGCUGGUCUGCUGUCCAGGGUGGUGCCUACACACUGGAGCAGCAGCAGCAGCAGCAGCAGCAGCCGCAGCAGUUUUCCGUUUCUUUUAAAGACUCGCUAAACCCUCAUGAGACAGUUGUGGAGACAUAUCCCAGUCUGAGCCGUAGUUUGCUGCUGCAGGUGCUGCGGUCUGUGUGGGAUAGCAACGACGAAAUUGCCCGAGGCAAUUUGAGGCCCUACUACCUUUGUCAAGCAAAUCCAGCUGUCUUCUGGAAUUUAGUGCGUCUGUUUCCUGGGGGAGUUCCAGCAGCACUUGCUGCUGCUUUGGGCGAAGCAGCAGCAGCAGAGCUGCUGAGUAGAAAGAAGGAGCUUUCUGCAAAGGCCAAAGAAAAUUUGCUGCAGCAGCAAGAGGCAGAAGCAGAACGAGCUGAGCGGCGGCUGCUGCAGCAAACGAAGGCAAACAAAAGCCGGCAGCAGCAGCAGCAGCAGCAGCAGCAGCAGCAAGACCGCAUGCUGGAGCAGCAGCACGCACAGCAAACCGUGCAGCAGCAGGACCAGCAGCAGCAGCAGCAGCCAGACCCAGCAGCAGCAGCAGCAGACGCAGCAGUAGCAGCUGCAAAUGUAGCAGAUGCUGCACAUGGAGAUGCGGCAGCAACUGAUGCAGCAACAGAUGCAGCAAGAGCGGAUCCAGCAGCAGGAGCUGCAGAAGUAGCCGUUGCUGCAGAUGCAGAUGCAGCAGCACCAGACGCAACAGCAGCAGCUGCAAAAGUAGAUGCUGCAGAUGCAGAUGCAACAGCAGCAAGCGCGGAAACAGCAGCAGCUGGAGCAGAUGAAGCAGCAGCAGCAGCAGCAGCAGAUGCAGCAGCGAGGUCGACGUCAGAGACUGGCGAAGAAUUAGCUGCGGCGAUGCAGCAGACUGCAACAACAGCAGCAGCAGCAGCAGAUGCAGCAGGCGAUGCAGCAGAAGACGCAGCAGCAGCAGCGAGAGGAGGUUCGCCGAGCCUUCAAGCUGAUGCUGAUGCGGCUGCUGCUGCUGCUGCUGCUGGAGCGCCUGUGCGCCGCAGCAAGCGCACUGCAGCAGCAGCAGUAGCAGCAGCAGUUGCUGCAGCAGCAGCAGAAGAGGCUGCCGAAGCAGCAAGAGCCAGACGCUCGAGGCGCAGCAAACCUAAACCCUAA